UAGUUCGUAAUAAGCAAUAUUUGAACCGUCAGAUUUCAGUUUUAUAUUUGUACUGAACAUAGUUAUUUAUGAACCGGAAUUGAAAAAAAGUUUUAUUCAUAAAAUAUUUUUUCAACUGUUUAUGACAAUUUUAGCACGUUUUUUUUAUUUAUUUGUGUAUAGUUUUGAUUUUGAUCAUUGAGGAUUUAUUUACUUUCUCCACACUUCACGACUUUUCUUGCAAUUUAUUUAUUUGAAGCUUACUUGCCCUAACGAAUAUCGCUGCAAUAUCUAUAUUUUAUUAAAGAUACUUUUUCUGUUCAAAAUCUUGGGCUUUAAGAUGUGACGGAUAAAAUUACUAGGUCAAUUUGACGGGAAAAUCUAGUUGCUUUCAUAUAGUUAUCCAAAAUAAAAAUCUUCCGAUACUUCAUAAAAGCUUUGUAAAAAUGUUUCGAAACUUGGUUAAAAAAGUUUUAACUGGAGACGAGUUUUCCGUACAAAAGUGUUAUUUACCUAUUAAUGACUUGCGAAAUUUGCAAGUAAAUAUUGGAGAUUUUGUUUCGGUGAAUUGUGGUGUAUAUAAUUGUAUAUGCCGGAUAUUUCCUUUGUUGGAUCCCGAGAAUUGUGUUGCAAUUGACGAAACUGUUACAUAUCGAAAUGUUAAUGUUAACGCAACCAGCAAAAAAUUGUUGAAUUUUCCGUCAGAUUUCAGUCUAAUAAAAACUUCGGUUAUUAAGAAAUUAGAAAUACGAAUAGUACUUCAAAGUGUUAUCUGCUCUGCCAUCCCCACAUUAGAGCAUUAUUCUAAUGUAAUUUCGAAACUCUUUCAUAAUUAUGUUGUUAAAACAAAUGCUAUUGUGAAAUGUGAUGGACUAGAAUUAGCUAAUUUACUUAAUAUUAAAUGUUUGAUAGUGAAAAAUAUGCUUUUUGACGAUAAUUAUAAAAUAAGAGACAGCACUUAUGGACGAAUUACACGAAGUACUGUUUUAGAAGUAACUGGUUUUCUUUCUUUUGAACAGUUCCAGAUUUCAGAACAAUUUGAACUGAAAACUCUUGGUGGUUUUAAUGAUGCUUUAGAGUUAUUGAAAAUGUGUUUUAAAGUUAGCAAAAGAAUAUUACUUUUGGGACCUUCCGGAAGUGGUAAAAGUACUUUGAUUAAAAAAUUUUGCUCUGACAUAAAUUGUUUCCUUCUCAAAGUCGAUGGAUUUUCAAAACUUUCCUUAGAAGUGUGCAAUGCAUAUAUAUCUGCACUUGUUAAAUUGAAAAACGUUUUGUCUAAUAUUCCUGUAAUUCUGUUUAUUGAUAAUUUAGAUCGAAUAUUUAAAAAUAAUCCUUCAAAAUCGAAAAAAGAUGACAAAUUAAACUUUUUAACUUACUUGAUUGAUGUUCUCAAAAAAGAACAUAUUUUUAUUCUUGGUGCUGUGCCACAUAAAGGACUGCUGAAUGCUUAUUUUAUAAAUUUUUUUGACACUGAAAUUUUUAUUGGUUUAUUGUCUAUAAGUCACCGAAAGGAAAUGCUAGAAGCUCUGAUGAAGCAAUAUGGCAUAUUUGGUAUUGAUUAUAAUUUCUUAGCUGAGAAGAUGCCUGGUUUUACUGCUAACGAUGUUGCUGCUAUGACUAAAACUGUUUUAGAGUGUGCUAAAAUGCAGGGUAAGAAUUAUGAUGAUGUUUCAACUAAAGAUUUUGAAGCAGUAUUCUUGAAAAUGACACCCUCACUCUUGAAAACCUCUAAAUUUUGCUUGAAGGUUAAACCAAUUUAUUGGAAGGACAUUGGAGGAAUGAAAAGUAUAAAACAGAGACUGCAGUUGUGCAUAGAAAAACCUCUUAUAAAUCCUGAAAUUUUCAAAAAAGUUGAUCUUCCAAUUCCAAGAGGGGUUCUUUUGUUUGGGCCACCUGGCUGCUGUAAAACUACCAUUGCAAGAGGAUUAGCUACUGAAUGCAAGGCUAAUUUUUUUGCUGCAAAUCCAUCUCAAAUAUAUUCCCCAUAUGUUGGUGAAUCGGAAAAAAACAUAUCAGAGUUAUUUUUUGAAGCCAGGCUUUGUGCACCAAGUAUAAUUUUCCUUGAUGAAAUAGAUUGUAUUGUUGGCAGGCGAGAAUUUGGCUCUAAAGUGGUUGGAGUAGCAGAAAAGGUUUUAUCUACUCUGCUCACUGAAAUGGAUGGAUUUGGUGUCAGUACAGUUUAUGGAGGUUGUGAAGAUCCUCAUAAAGUGCUGAGUUACUGUGCUAGUGAUGAAACUGAAGAUUGCGAAGAACGUAUUUCAGACCAAGUCAUAGUUGUAGGAGCAACUAAUCGUCCUGAUCUUAUUGAUGAUGCUUUGUUAAGACCUGGCCGUUUUGAUAUGAUAUUGUAUGUGCCUCCCCCUAAUGCUGAAGAACGUGAAUCCAUUUUAAGGACUUUCACAGAUGUGCCUUUGCUUAAUGUUGAUUUGAAGUUAAUAGCUGAAAAAUCUGAACAUUUGUCUGGGGCUGAUUUAACGCAUCUCUAUAGAACAGCAGUGACCAUAGCUCUUAGACAGAAUGAAAGCACUGAAUACAUAACUGAGGAGCAUUUUAUGAAAGCCCUAGAAAUAGUUAAGCCAUCUAUCACCCUUGAACAGAUUAAAAUGUAUGAGAAAUUAGCAAGUAGAUAUGGUACAUUUAUACGUUAAUUGUUGUCUAGUUGUGAAUUUUCAUUUUAAUGUUAGGCCCUGAAAAUAAAUAAAUAGUAUGAUAUUUCUUAUUA